UUUUGUGUUUGUGUUAUAUCCUUUUCUGUUUAUGCACUGAAUUGUUAGUUCUGUGUUGGACUGCUUGGUGUAUUGAUUUGUUGGGUGAUUGUGUGAUUGAGUAUUUGCCCUUCAAAGUGAUUUGCUCCGGAGAUCAGAGGAUUAGAAGAAAAUUAGGAAAAAAGUGUAUCUUGUAUUUGGGCACAUAUAUAGUGAAGAAACAUGUAUUCGAGUGCAAGCCAGUUUGACGGCAAUGCAGCCUUCUCCGGUGGUGGAUUCAUGCCUUCUCAGACCACCCAGGGCCCUGACUCUUCAUUCGUUCCCUCCAAGAAUCGUGACGCUCAGUCCUUGCUUCCUCUGACGGUGAAGCAGAUAUACGAUGCGUCUCAGUCAAGUGAUGAUAAAAUCAAUUUGAUCAUUGACGGUGUGGACGUUACCAAUGUCACUCUUGUAGGAAGGGUGUCCAACAAAGCUGGACGAAUUACUGAUGUUACUUUUGUGCUUGAUGAUGGUACGGGAAGGAUUGAGUGUAAUAAAUGGCUUCAUGAAGCUGUUGAUACAAAUGAAGCAGAGGCUAUCUUGGAAGGAAUGUAUGCGAGGCUCCAUGGACAAUUGAAACAUUUUCAGGGUAAAAGGACCUUAAAUGUUUUCUCAUUUAGGCCUGUGACUGACUUUAAUGAGAUUGCUAGUCAUUUCACCGACUGCAUAUAUGUGCAUCUCUACAAUUCCAAAUUAAGGACUAGUGUCCCUAAUCAGCAGCAUUCCUCACCAAUUCCUCCCACAAUAGGUUAUCAAGCUCAAGUUGUUCCGCCAACAAAUCAGUUCUCUGAUCAGCAUGUCAAUGGUCAGAAGGGUGUUACUGUUGAAGCCAUGGUCUUAGAUUUUUUGCAUCAUCCCGCAAACAGCUCAAGGAAUGAGGGGGUCCAUCGUGAUCAUAUUGCACAACAUCUUGGAAUUUCUUUGGAUAAGCUCAUGCUGGCUGUUAAAAAUCUUAUUGAUGAAGGUGCCAUUUAUGAAACCAUAGGUGAUCACUAUAAGUCAAUCAUCAAUGGUUGAUACCUUGUUGGAUAAGGACAACGAUUUUGUUAGAGUAUGCUAACUCUGCGUAUGCAUUCUAGUGCUGUUACACAAGCAAAACAACAGUUCUACUAGAUUUUGAUCGACUUGUUUUUCUACUAUAUGUUAAUAUUAUGAACCGGUAAUAUGUAACAAAAUAUAUAUAACAUCAUAUGGAAUGUAUCUGUUGUGCGAAGCGUUUUUGUCUUAUUGAUGAACCAGUUUCAAUGGGUUGUCGAUACUAUAGUCAGUAGUGGUACGUAUCUGUAAUUUGUAAUGAGCAAGGAUGCUUUACAUAAUGUUUGGUGGAGGGAAAUAGACAAAAAGGAAUGAGAGGAAUUUUCUUAAACUA